AUGAAUUCUUACGUAAUUGCGUUUUUGUUGCUACUCGGAUCUGCUAUACCGAUACAGUUGCAGCAGGGUGAAGAAAUGAAAGAAAAUGUUAUAGAGAGUUCAGAAUUGAACCAAUGUUUGAGUGUGAGAAGAGGCAAUGAAGUAGGUGUAUGUUUUGGCAAGGAACUCCUGAGUAGACUGAAUAAUUACGAUGAGAAAGAGAGUUUCAGUUUGGCGAAUGGUAUCUCUUUUGUCAGAGAUGAGAAAACAGAGAGAACUAUUGGCAGUUUUCUGGACAAGGAUCCCAUGGAUUUUCGGGCAAUAAUGGAGGAUGCCAGCGACUUAAUAUCCAAGAGAUCCUUGCACUGGGACCUCGGAGGUGUAUAUCCUGGGUUAGUGAUGAGGAUAGGACCGACCCUGGCGAAUGGAGUGCUGGAGUUCGUUAUAGACCCGCGUAUGAAAGACAGGUCUUAUCAUCAGGGGGAGGUAUCCACUGGUCGUCUCCUAGCUAGGAACGUUCUAGUACCGUUUCUGCUUGGCCUGAAGUUCCACAUCUCCACUCUUCUGCCGCUGCUUCUUGGCCUCCUGUUGCUGGCCAGCAAGAAAGCCUUCUUCCUGGCGAAGAUAGCUCUGAUAGCCGUGACACUCUUCAGUGGAAGUUCAGGCUCUAAUCCAGGGUAUUUCGGUGGGAUUGGAGGCUUUAGUCCGGGAAUAUCAGCUUAUUCUCAUGAGAACUUGGGGCACUAUCAAGGACAUCAUACAGGAGGAGGAUUCUACCGGGACAGACAUACUUACACUCAAGAAUACCCGGAGAAGCUGGAGCCAACAGUUUCCCCCAUCACGCCAGACGAGCUGAGAGACAGGCUGGAGAGGCUCUUCGUCACCAAGAAGGAAGAUGACAGAGAAGAGAAGAUAAGGAACGCGAGAAACUUCGCCUGGACACCGAUUAAUACUGGCUAGAUUAUGACAAGAAUUUACGGAAACACUCAAAGGGCGAAGCCAAACGAGCGUUAUUUGUGAGUUGUGAGUCGCAGAA